CCCAUCACGCCCCCCCCCUAACGCCGGCACUGAAAAUUACGUAUUUCUUUCUAAAGUUCUAGGGCGGAAUUUUACAUACUCAUAAACUAACGGAUACUUUUCAGGAGGUUUUAAACUCGUAAAAUAACAGAAUGUAGGUCAAGUUACAUGACGACAAAUAAUUAUUAAACAACCAUUAAAACAGUAAAAUCAUGAAAGCUUAAUACCUACGCUACAAAUUUCAGUUCCACACAAUACCAUGUAGAUGCAAGUACAAAAUACUAGAAUAUUCUGGAACACGCUAAUGGAAUCAUUUAGCGAGCUACGCCGCCACCCCACAUAGAACCUAUAUCAUGUACCUACAUUGUACGGAAUUGAUUAAUACCCUGCACUGGGACGCAACAAGAGAGCGCAUCCGCGGCGAUGGUACUCGCGUUGAAAAUCAAUUACAAGCAAUUAUUGGGUAAGCUAGCUCACCUACAGCGGACUGGGAAAUGUAGGAGCGAAAGGUCGUAUAUCCCUGUAUGUGUUCCGUCGAGGCCCCAGUCGGCUCUCGCAGGGCGGGAACACAGGGCGGCCGGCACGCGCGCUCCGCACCCUCACGCUUCACGAGCCCGCGAUCAAAAUGGAUUUGCUGUUCCUGUUACCGCUAGUGGUAUACGCUUCAGCGGCUAGUACGGUGCCGCCGUCGGCUUCGACGGAGUGUCCGCAGGCCCCAGCGCAGGCACCCCCCGCUGAUGAACAUUACCGUAUUUCUGUAGCUGGUGAACCUGAUUUGUUUCUGCCAGGGGAACUUUACACGGUCUCGCUUCAGGGAAUAGAUAGUGGGCAAGGACCUACGCCAUUCAUAGGGUUUUCCAUAUGGGUGGAGAUAAAAAGCGAGCAAUCGAAGACAGAUAAAGUUGAGACCCAGUCGACAGAGGCCACAAAACUGCCUCUAGGUACCUUCCAGGCUUACGAUGCUCAAGCAAAGAUACACGAAAUGUGUUCGCCAGCCGUCGACAACGCUACGGCUCACCCCAAGACUGAAGUACAGGUAAUAUGGAAUGCGCCGUCCAGCAUAAAAGAUGCUUGCAUACGGCUCUGUGCCCGAGUUGGUCCGACGCCGGCUGUGGGUGGCGGUGGUGGCGGAGGUUGGUCGAUGUUGGUGCGGGAACUAUGCUCUGCACCCGCCGCUCCUCCGAACUUUGCUAAACUUCCACCUAUUGUGGAACCCUGCUGUGCUUGCGAUGAAGCGAAAUAUGAAGUGACAUUCGAGUGCCUCUGGUCUCGCAACACCCAUCCGCGUGAGUUCCCACCGGAGAGUGCGCGAGCUCACUUCGGUGACGUCAUCGGGGCAUCCCAUACAGCGCAGUUUAGAGUAUGGCAGGAGGGUCGCGUCGCCAGCCCUGGCAUGAGGAGACUUGCCGACGACGGUACUACGGUGGCCUUAGAAAAAGAACUGAAGGCUGAGAGCGAUCACAUCAGGACAAUAAUUAAAGCUCGUGGAAUAUCAUGGCAGCAAGUCGGAGGGGCUGGUAUCCCGAACACGUUUGCUGUAUUCCGAGUAGAUGCGAAGCAUCACUUGAUAUCUCUGGCAGCGAAACUGGCGCCUUCUCCGGAUUGGAUAGUUGGGGUAUCGGCCCUAGAGCUAUGCAAUGCUAACUGUACUUGGAGCAGGUCGGCUACGAUACCUUUGUAUCCUUAUGACGCUGGGACUGACAGUGGCAUAAGCUACACUUCUCACCGCACUCCAACGAUGCCAGCGACGCCGGUGCGCGCCUUGCGGCCCGAUUGGCCGCGUGAUGCUCGCUCCCCUUUCUACAGCACUACAGGCGAUAUGCGGCCCUUCGCAAGACUGCGGCUUACCAGACUGCGUCUCUAUGAGAAGAGUUGUGAUCCUACCGAGGGCGAACCAGACCGCAUUCCUGAAUCAAACGCGGGUGGCAGCUUACCCUCAGGCAGUAGCAGCGGUUUAGGUGUGGGUGGAGCCUGCGCUACGCACGCGUGGGGUGCGUGGGGCCCGUGCAGCGUGUCGUGCGGCCCGGGCCGCGCCACGCGCCAGCGACACUACGUGUGGCCCACGAGGGCCUACGCCGAGGCCUGCCGCGUUGCGCUCACUGAUUACCGCAGAUGUCACGGACCGAGGAUGCAUUGCAGAGCCCCUUCAGAGUACGAACCUGACCCAGCGGAGUCCAGCGGUCCCUGUGCCGUGUCGAAUUGGUCUGAAUGGUCUCCUUGCGAGGGUUGUGGUGUCCGCGCCAGGACCCGCCACUAUGUUGUACCGCGCGCGUACAAGCGUUGCCAUAUCGGAUACCGAGCUCGGACUAUCAUGAGCCAGGCCAUGCCUUGUGAUAAGGGGCCCUGUGAGAAACCUCCCAGUAAAAUGAAUGUGACCAGCUUCGAUUGGUUCUACAUGAACCCUCCCCCGAGCGAGUGCUCGGUGACGGAGUGGGGCACGUGGAGCCCGUGCUCGGCGCGCUGCGGCCGCGGCCGGCGCCUGCGCGGCCGCUUCUACGUGCUGCACCCGCACCAGGGCGGGGCCAAAGCCCAGCAGGAGAUCGGCCGGCGACUGCUUAUUACUUGGAGUAGGAGAUUCGCUGAGCUGCAGUCUCUGGAGCACUCUACGGAUAACUUCACCGCCGUGAACCCUGUAGUGGAGAAGCAAGUGCACGACUACUUGGAGCGCUGCCAGUUCACACUGACGCAGCAGGAGGCGCUCUGCGACGGAGACGAUGUCAGCUGCUUGAAUAACACCACUCCGCUCGAAGUAUGCAAGCUACCGAUGUCAGUGGGCCAUUGCCGUGGCUACGAAGAGCGCUGGUUUUACGAGUGGGCCAAGCAUUCGUGCGAGCCCUUCGGUUUCAGCGGCUGCGGUGGCAACGGGAACAACUUUAGGACCAGGGACCAUUGCCUGCGCGCUUGCAGGACACUUAUCAACCACACCGAGGAAAAUGCGACCACAGUGACUACGGAGGUUACAGCACCGGCACCUGCAGCCACAGCGGCUAUUAAGAAAUUGAAGCCAACUCCGCCCCACGCGGACAACGAAGUCAUUCAAAACGACGACCCCCGACGAUAUGCAGAGGCGGUAAGCUGCGAGACUGGCCCGUGGUUGGGGUGGAGCGAGUGCGUCGGGGAUUGUAACUUCGCUGUCAAACUUAAUUACAGAUUAGUUGUGGGUACUGGAAAUGGUUGUCGACGGUUCAUGAAAAGCCGGCCUUGUCGGCCGACGAGUUGCCGAACGACAUCAACCAACUAUUCGGUUGAGCUCACCGAGUUAAACGAUGAUGAAGAUUAGACAUAAGAUGUUUAUCAGUAGCAAACAACUCCUUAAUAACCCCCUAUGUAACGCCCCGUAAUAUUAAUAAUGAUAAUAUACUUAUUAAAAUACUCUGUAACAUAAUUAUUUGAUGUAACGGUUUACUCGUGCGUAUUUUUCGGGAUCGCCCGACUAGUUACGGACCCAAUUCGAGUUCGCGAAGUCCGCGACUCGUUCCAGUUGGACUCGUUAAAUCAAAUAGUUAUGAUAUACAAUGUUCAAUGUUCUAUCCAUUAUGUCAGUAAAGCAUGUUAUCUGUAUUCAGUAGUACAAUAAACAUCUGUUGAAAAAUUGAGUUUUAUUUUCUUAUUGUUUGUUUGGAGAGAGAGAAUUAGAGAGAUUGAUUGUGAAAGUUAUUUUUAGCGUUUCCAUGAGAAAUGUACUGAAAGACCAGGGAUUUCGGGUCUUAUAUUUUUUACCUACAUAAAAAGAGAGUUCACGAUUGGAAUGAUGGGGUGAUGGGGUUCCUUAGCCAAAGGGUAAAAAUGGAACCCUAUAACUGAGGCAGCGUUGUCUGACCGUCCGUCAUAAGGAUAUAUCUCGUAUUUCUUUUGCCGCUUCUAAUAGGUCUUUAAGGACGUGCUCCUUAUCUGAAAGAAAUCUGAAUCUUUAAAACUAUCCAGUGAAUGUAAAACACAAGAAAUGUUAAUUAAUUUAUUUGUCUUCAAAUCAAUAGUCAACAAAACUUUGUACACAAACACUUACGAGCUAUUAUUAUUUGUUAACAUCAUUACUGUACGGUAACAAUAUAAUACACUAAAUUAAAAUUCUCUUAACUAGCUUUUCCUAUAUUAAUACUGUAAAGGAACAUCACAGUCGCUUUGUACGCCGCCUCUGAAACUAUAGGUAUCACCUAUAUGAAAAUUAUAAACUCUACAAACUAUCUAUCGAAACGAAUUAAUAUUCUUUCUAAAUUUAUAAAAACGUUACGUUAUUCUUUUCUUUAUCAACUCAGUGUUUAUUUGUAAAUCAAAAUAUACAUUCCAAAAAUAUGUUACUAAACAUAAAUAACAUUUGUAAGGCACUCUUGAAUUGAUUAAAGCAAACUUUAAUCUCUACGAACUUGGCUCCCUAUGAACUCUA